AGAGAGGCGGGUAGAGAGGGGAGGAGAGGAGUGGAGCGAGAGAUGGAGGGAGGAGAGCCGAGCACUGUGAGAAUUCCUGCUACGUUAGCAUCCACCCAGCAACUCUGUCAAUACUGCAUACAGCUAAGAAACAGGCAGAGGCCCCUGGUGCUGCAUUUGCCGGCUCUGUCAGUGAGAGAGAGCAGCUUCCACAAUCCCCCCAAUCCGUGUGCUGCUCGAGAGGUUUCUCCCAGGGAUAACACACCCACCAGAGCCCCGGCCGCUACUGCUGCGUCGGAGGGAGAGGAAGAGACAGGAGGAGAGCUGAACAGUAGAUACGGAGUGGGAAUACUCUAGAAGAGAGAGACAAUCCUGGGGGAGGGACAGGAUUCUUGGAAGACUGGGUGUGAUAGUAUUCUAACGUGCUCCACAGGAAAGGCUGAACACUGGGGCAUUUGAUAGACAGGCACUCAGCGGUGCACCUGCUCCACACUAGCUUGUUGGGUGGUGAUGUGGGAGAGCUGAUGUCUACAAUGGCUGACCUGGAUCUGCACCUGCACAUACUGAUACCCCCGUUUCAACACUGUCGUGGUUACCUCCCGACCCAGCAGCCCAACCCCAGGAUCUGACCCCGUCUCUUCCUCACCUCCCCUGGGCUUCCUCCAGCCAGGCCUCCUGGCUCUACCCUGGGCCCAUAAUGGGAGGAUGCCUCUCCAAAAGCAAGCCAGUUGAGGUGAAAAUGGAGCUAACCCUUCUGGGCAAAGAAAAGGAAGCAGGUGUGAAGUCCGCCAAUGGAAAUGCGAGCCCCUUUUCUGACUGCAGACCCAACGGAGCACUGGAACACUGCUCCGAUGAGGACUCCACCGCUGCCGCCCCCCUCAGGCUCUACAAACCCCGCGAUUACCUGGAGGCCUCCGUGUGUCAUGUCAAGGACCUGGAAAAUGGACAGAUGAGAGAGGUUGAUUUGGGAAGUGGCAGAGCGCUGCUCAUUAAAGAACAUGGAGAGUUUUCUGCAAUGGGGCACAAGUGCCCACAUUAUGGGGCACCACUGGUCAAAGGUAUCUUGUCCAAAGGCCACGUGCGUUGCCCCUGGCAUGGAGCUUGUUUCAACAUCGUUACAGGAGACAUUGAGGACUUUCCUGGGCUGGACAGCUUGCACAUCUUCCAGGUCCGAGUUGAAAAGGACAAAGUGAUAAUUCGUGCUAACAAACAGGAUCUUCAGUCACAGAAGAGGUCAAAAGCCAUGGCCCGAUGUUCAGCAGUUAACUCCAGCACUGGCUUCAGCCAGGUCCUUAUCGUUGGAUCAGGUCCAGCAGGGCUGGUGUGCGCUGAGACAUUGCGACAGGAAGGCUUCACUGACCGCAUUGUCAUGUGCACCAUGGACAAACACCCACCCUAUGACAGGCCUAAACUGAGUAAGUCCUUAGAGAGCACAGCAGAGCAGCUCCGGCUACGCUCCAUAGACUUCCUCCAAGCCCACGACAUCGAGUUGCUCACGGAGAAGGAGGCUGUGGCAGUGGACGUCAAGACGAGGGCUGUGACUUUUCAAGACGACUCUAGGAUGGAGUACAGGAAGCUUUUCAUUGCCACAGGAAGCAAACCCAAGCUGAUGAACUACAAAGGCCAGGACGUUAGGAAUGUGUUUCACCUCCUAACCCCUGAAGAUGCUAACAGCGUCGCCAGGCUGGCCAACAACAAGAAUGCUGUGAUUGUGGGAACAUCAUUUGUUGGUAUGGAGGUGGCUGCUGCUCUCACCGACAAGGCCCACUCUGUCUCCAUCAUUGGGAUAGAAGCAAUCCCUUUCCGGAAAGCUCUGGGGGAGAAAGUAGGGAAAGCCAUAAUGAAGCUGUUUGAGACAAACAGGGUGAAGUUCUACAUGUUGAACGAGGUAUCGGAGAUGCUUGGCCAUGAUGGACAGUUGAAAGAGGUGGUUCUGAAGAGUGGGAAAGUACUAAGGGCGGACGUGUGUGUCAUUGGCACAGGGUCAGGCCCAGCCACUGGCUUCCUAAAACAGAGUGGAGUUCACAUGGAUUCCAAGGGUUUUGUCCCCGUCAACAAGACAAUGCAGACCAACGUUGAUGGUGUCUUUGCCGGAGGAGACAUUGUGACGUUUCCUUUUCCGGGGCGGAGCAAUAAGAAGGUGAACAUCCCACACUGGCAAAUGGCCCAUGUGCACGGGAGAGCGGCAGCACUUGGCAUGAUGGGAAGACCCACUGAGAUCAAAACAGUGCCCUAUUUCUGGUCGGCCAUGUUUGGGAAAAGCCUACGCUAUGCAGACCUACUUAAGAAAGUGCUUUUAUUCUAUUACCAAGGUUACGGGGAUGGCUUUGAUGAUGUUAUCAUCCAAGGAGACGUGGACGAGCUGAAGUUUGUGGCAUUUUAUACCAGGGGUGAGGAGGUGGUUGCCGUGGCCAGCAUGAACUAUGACCCCAUUGUAUCCCGUGUGGCAGAGGUCUUAGGGUCUGGAAAGAUGAUUAGAAAGCGAGAUGUGGAGACAGGGGACAUGUCUUGGUUGAUAGACAAAGGGUCGCAGUGAGCGAGUCUCCACAUCUUAGGCUCUCCGUGCAUCUGGGGUCUGUUGUACACUAACUAUGGACACUUGUGGUGCUGAUGAGAUGCUGUGCCAUACUGUAGACAUACAGCAGAAGACCCGUGUCUGGGACUGUUGGAGUUGCUCCCCUGGAAUCGAGACUGAGACUGUUCUACAGUGAACCUCCACGGUGAUAGGCUGUACAUACAGUAUUCUUACCAAUAGCGUGAACCAUAUAUGGUGUUAACAUGCUCCAAUACCGUAAUGGAAGAUCUGUGUCCUAAUGCUACUUCACAGUGAAGCUACUAAGUAGUGAAGCUACUUCACAGUGAAGCAAUCCUGGAUGCAGUCUCUGUGCUUCUGCAUUAUGUAUCUACCUGUACACUUUUUUACAAGGGGCCAGAUAGGGGUAUUGAACUUUUUUCUACAUGCAACUUUGUAUAUAGCUAUAAUUCUCAAUACACUGUAAACAAAACCGUUUUAAACUGGAGUUUUCUAAGGUUGAGAUGAAACUAAUCUGGUUAAAACCACUUAACAUAACACCCACCCCUAACCUUAACCCUAGCUAACGUUAGACACCCAGCUAAAGUUAACAUUAGCCAACUAGCCACCUAGCUAAUUCGUAACAUAUCAUGCAUUUUGAAAAAUUUGUAACAUAUUGUACAAACUGCAAUUCGUAACAUAUUGCAUGAAUUGCAAUUCAUAACAUAUCAUACAAAUUGUAAUUUGACAUCUACAAAUUAAUACAUACCAUACGAAAUGUAACAUAUCAUACAUACUAAUUGGAGUGUCCCGGAUUUACAUUUACUAUGCUACGUCUACCCGAGUCCAGUGUGAUGCAAUGUAUCAUAACAAGAAAAACUACACAUAAUCCAUAGUUGUCCCUUUCCCCACCUGGCGCAUAAAUGCACGGGCGCGCACGCACGCACGCACGCACGCACGCACGCACACACACACACACACACACACACACACACACAACCAUGACAUCCUCACAAGAUGCUCACAAAUCACUCCUUUAAGGAUGACAAUGUACCUCUAUUUAUUGGUGGUGACCUUUGUUGGCAGGUUCGUAGAUUGCAUAAAUGAGAAAUUGAAAUGUACUUUAAUCUAUGUUCAUGCUUGCGCAAUAGAAUAAUAUGUCUGUUCUUUAUAAAAGGUAAAUGACUGUUGUUCUUUUAGAUAUGGUCAUGUCAUAGUUGCUGAAGGCUAUUUUUGGUAUUUGUCACCUAUGAAUGCUCUUUGUUACUAACUCAGGGAACUGAGGUUUGAGGCCUGGUCACAUUGGGAUUGGUCCCAUUGCAAACACAUAUUAAUUUGUUUAUUUUAUUUUUUAUUACCAUAUAUUAGUUCUCUGUAUUUGAAGAGGUCUUGUUUCAGAACUUGCUUAUAAUUCCCUUAGAUGUGUAGAGGAGAAAGCAUUUCCAUCUCUAUUUUGGCAUGUUGAAGAUUCCAAAAUAUUUAAGCCCAGAGGUGAAAGACAUUUAAAAAACCAUAUUCUUCAUACAGGGAAGAUUAGAAUGGUAUUUUUUAUAAUAGAUACUUUGAAAUAAAAGUCUUCAACAAUU